AUGAGUAAUGCCACACGUGCCUUGCUCUCUCCCUUGCUGCCUGGCACCCUGGGGCCCGGCACAGCAGCCCGGCUGUCCUCAGCCCCUCCAUCCCCAGCCCUUGCCCAGCUCAUGGCCACCCACAACAACUCCCAGGACAGCCAGCAGCUUUUCCUGACCACGACAGCAGCGCAGGUCAUCUCCGGCAUCUUCGUGUGGUCAGCGCUGAUCGUCACCUUCCACCAGAUCUACACACACCUGAGGAAUUACACCGUACCCAAGGAGCAGCGCUACAUCAUCCGCAUCCUCUUCAUUGUGCCCAUCUAUGCCUUCGACUCCUGGCUCAGCCUCCUCCUCCUCGGCAGCCACCAGUACUACGUCUACUUUGACUCGGUGCGCGACUGCUACGAAGCUUUCGCGAUAUACAGCUUCCUGAGCCUGUGCUUCGAGUACCUCGGAGGGGAGAGCACUAUCAUGACAGAGAUCCGAGGGAAGCCCAUUGCGUCCAGCUGCUUUUAUGGCACCUGCUGCCUUCAGGGCAUGUCCUACACCAUCGGGUUCCUGCGCUUCUGCAAGCAGGCCACGCUGCAGUUCUGCAUCGUGAAACCCCUCAUGGCGAUCAUCACCAUUAUCCUGCAGGCGUUCGGAAAGUACCACGACGGGGACUUCAACGUCCAAAGCGGCUACCUCUACAUCACCAUCAUCUACAACUUCUCCGUCAGCCUGGCACUUUACGCUCUCUUCCUUUUCUACUUUGCCACCAUGGAUCUGCUGCGUCCAUUUGAGCCGGUCCUCAAGUUCAUCACCAUCAAGGCCGUCAUCUUCCUCUCCUUCUGGCAAGGGAUGCUGCUUGCAAUCCUGGAGAAAUGUGGGGUGAUCCCUGAAGUUCAGCUCAUUGAUGGGAAGGAGGUAGGAGCUGGUACGGUGGCUGCUGGCUACCAGAACUUCAUCAUCUGCAUUGAGAUGCUCUGUGCUUCCAUUGCCCUGCGCUACGCAUUCACCUGUCAGGUGUACAGAGAGAAGAAAGAAAACUCAACAGCAAACCUUGCCCCGAUGCAGAGCAUCUCGAGUGGACUGAAGGAGACUAUAAGCCCCCAGGACAUCGUGCAGGAUGCAAUCCACAACUUCUCACCCACAUACCAGCAGUACAUCCAGCAGUCGAUGCAGGAGGCAGAGCGCAAAGCGCCGAGGGAGAAUGAGCAGGUGGCCGCCAAGGUGGAGGGACCGAGCGGCAGAAACAGCAAAAACAUUGAGAAGAGAGUGCUGAUCCUGUCAGACGAGGAGCUGUAG